UUUGGAAAAGUAUAGACUCUUUCAUCGAAAGUUCCUUUUCCGGAUGUGGAUUAUAUGGAAGAAGAAGUGAAAAUUUGCUCAUAUAUUGAAUCUUUCUUAAAUUUUCACAAUGGGGAAACGUAAUAAUAUGAUCCCUAAUGGGCACUUCCAUAAGGAUUGGCAACGGUUUGUUAAAACUUGGUUUAAUCAACCUGCAAGAAAAUACCGUCGUAGACAAAAUCGAAUAAAGAAAGCUCGUGCAGUUGCACCAAGGCCUGUCAAGCUUUUAAGACCUAUUGUGCAUUGCCCAACAUUCCGCUAUCACACUAAAGUUAGGGCUGGCAAAGGUUUUACUCUUCAAGAACUUAAAGCUUCUGGUUUAAACAAGAGAUAUGCUAGAACAAUUGGAAUUGCUGUCGACCCAAGAAGACGCAAUAAAUCCAUUGAAUCUUUGCAAGUAAAUGCUCAGAGGCUGAAAGAAUAUAAAAACAAAUUAAUCCUCUUCCCCAUAAAUGAAAAGAAGCCUAAGAAGGGUGAUGCAACCGAGGAAGAAAUGAAAACGGUUAACCAAAUGUUAGGAGAAAUUAUACCUAUUCAACGUCAACCAGCUAUGAAAGUGAAAAAACAUGUUAUUAGCGAAGAUGAAAAGAAAUUCUCUGCAUAUAUAACAUUACGUAAAGCUAGAGCAGAUGCUAGAUUAGUGGGAAUAAGAGCAAAGCGCGUUAAAGAUGCUACAGAGAAUCCUGAUGAUGUUACCAAGAUUGGCAAAGACAAAAAAACUAAGAAGUAAUCUUUUUUUUUUUUUUUAUAGAAUUGUAAACAAAAAUAAAUAACUU